CAUCAGAAUGUUGAAAGACCAGGAUACCCUCUUCUUUUAUUUUCUGAAUGGUUAGAUGAGUUUCUGUACGGAGCUCUCGAAGUGGUACAGCGCCGACUCCUGCUAGAAGAUUGAAACAAUUAACAAAAAAUCACUUGCUUGCUCUGAAAAUCACAAUGGCAGCGAGAUUUGCAACAAAAGCAGAGCAAUCAAAACCUCUUCUCCGACUCCUUAAACCCUAUAUCCCAAAAAUCCAUUCUUAUUUAGUCCUCCGCCACCUAUCCACCGAACCCAUCAACCCUCUGCAGAAACAGAACGGCGACGAAGAAAAGUUCAUAGCUCAAGUGGUUCAACUCCUCCAACCCCCAGAAAAUGACUGGAACUUCGAAAAGCUCCGUCUUCUACUCUUCUCAGACUCCACCACUCCCUCUCCUACCCGACUCUUCCGUAUUGCUUCACGCUUGGACUCCUCCUCUAAGGCCCUAAAGUUUUUGGACUACCUCCAGUCGAAUUCGCCUACCCCAGAUAAAAACUCGCUUUCUUCCACGUUCCAGGCGGUUCUGGUUAUUGCUAGCCGAGAACCCAGUUCGCAAAGUAAGCUUCUUGAGCUCUACAAAGCGUCAAGAGAGCGCGGCAUUGCGCUAACCAUCAAUGCCGCCAGCCUUCUCAUCCGGUGUUUUGGCAGGGCUGGAAUGGUGGACGAGUUGCUUCUAGUGUAUAACGAACUCCACCCUUCAUCGAAAAACACGCCGGUUCGAACUCUGCUGAUUGGCGAGCUGUUGAGAUAUGGGUGUGUUGAUGAUGCGAACAAUGUGCUCGAUGAAAUGCUCGAACUAAAUGCAGAAUUCCCGCCGAAUGAUGUUACGGGUAAUGUCGUGUUUGCGAAAUUGUUGAAGCGAGAGCGACCAGGGAGGCACGUCAGUGACGAGGAAAUUGUUGGGUUGGUGUUCAAAUUUGGCAAGCACGGCGUGUUUCCUGGUAAAAUACAGCUUACGCAGUUGAUCUCAAGGUUGUGUAGGAACGGGAAGACUGAUCGUGCUUGGGAUGUUUUAGAUAAUGUGAUGAAGUCGGGUGGUCUUGUGGAGGCUGCUUCCUGCAAUGCUCUUUUGACAGGUUUGGGAAGAAAACAUGAUUUUAAAAGGAUUAAUUUGCUUAUGGCAGAAAUGAAAGAGAGGGAUAUUCAUCCUGAUGUUGUUACUUUUGGCAUUGUUAUUAAUUAUUUAUGCAAAUCUAGGAGAGUUGACGAGGCAUUAGAGGUGUUUGAAAAAAUGAAGGGAGAAGGAGAUAAUGAUAGGUUUUCAGUAGAACGUGACGUUAUCACUUAUAACACUUUGAUUGAUGGACUCUGUAAAGUAGGGAGGCAAGAAGAAGGACUGCAGUUGAUGAAACGAAUGAGAUUGGAAAAUGGAUGUGCACCCAAUACUGUUACCUACAAUUGUUUAAUUGAUGGGUUUAACAAAGUUGGGGAGAUUGAGAGGGCCCGUGAGCUCUUUGAUGAAAUGAAGAAGGAAAAAGUGCCACCAAAUGUAAUUACUCUCAAUACAUUGGUUGAUGGUAUGUGUAAGCAUGGAAGAGUUAGUAGUGCAGUUGAGUUCUUUAAUGAAGCUCAAAACGAUGGUCUGAAAGCCAAUGUGUUCACCUACACAAACUUAAUCUCUGCCUUUUGUAACGUCAAUAAUAUUAACAAGGCAAUGCAAUUGUUUGAUCAGAUGUUAAGUGAUGGAUGCACCACCGAUGCUAAGGCUUACUGCUGCUUGAUAUCUGGUCUUUGCCUAGCAGGAAGGUUGGAUGAUGCUAGCCUUGUGGUUUCAAAGUUGAAAGAGGCUGGGUUCUGUAUGGAUGCCAUUUCUUAUAAUACCCUGAUUAAUGGUUUCUGCAAGAAGAACAAGCUGGAGAAGGCUUACGGGAUGCUUAAGGAAAUGGAAGACGAGGGAGUUAAACCGGAUGUUGUCACAUACAAUACCUUGAUAUCCUACUCAAGCAAAACUGGGAAUUUGAAAACUGCUUAUAAACUGUUGAGGAAAAUGAUAAGUGAGGGUCUUGUCCCCACUGUUUUCACUCAUGGAGCCCUGAUACAUGGCUUUUGCUUAAGUGGCAAUAUUAACACAGCCAUGAAAAUUUUCAAAGACAUGAGUUCUUCAUCAAAAGUUCCUCCAAACACUGUAAUAUACAAUAUUUUGAUAGAUUCUCUCUGCAAGAAAAACGAAGUAGAACUUGCUCUUUCUCUGAUGGAUGAAAUGAGAAUUAAGGGUGUGAAGCCGGAUACGACCACAUACAAUGCUAUGUUCAAGGGCCUUCGGGAAAAGAACUUAUUAGAUAAAGCAUUUAAAUUUAUGGAUCAAAUGGUUGAGCAUGCUUGUGGUCCUGAUUACAUAACAAUGGAAAUUCUUACCGAAUGGCUUUCUGCAGUUGGUGAAACAGACAAGUUGAAAAAAUUUACAAAAGGAUAUGAAGUUUCUGCUGCAACUGCAUAGAGUGGCUGUCGUAAUACGAAGAUGGGAUUCAUAGAAAUACAUUGCUCCAUGAAAUGUUCAUACUUGGUAGAAAGCAAAAAUUGGUCCAAUCUUCUGGCCAUACAGUUGCAUUCUGAGUUUGCAUAUUUCUUGCCCUUCAUACAAGAUUGUGAUUGUAGAUUCUCGACUCACGUGCAUUUUGCAUGGUUGAGUCAGUUUUUAAUGCAGAAUUUCUAUUCAUGCAAAUCCGUAGGAGGUACGUCUAAUCUGAUUACAUGUUGCUGAAGUUUGUGUGAACGAGAUAUAUUUUUUGAGAAUAAGAGAGAAUUGUAUAUUAAUAAUCUAAAUUACAAAUUCUCAACUACAUUCUUUCUACUUCUCUUCAGAAGUAAUGCUGCAAAUGAGUUGUUGAAUUUAGCAGUCAUUUUGUCAGCUACUUGCAUUGGUGUUUUACCAUUUUUGUGUUAGAAGUAUUCUUGUUGUAUAAAUAAAACUAAAAUAUAUUUGUUUUGAA